AUGUUGGAAAUUAAUGAAAAUUACAACUUAGAAGCAUUUUCUUUUGAUAUUGUGUGCAUUAAUAACAAUUUUCACAUAAAACUAAAAAAUACAAAAGAAAAAUUUCCAUUAUACAAAGGUCCAAGCAACUUAAACAUCAAGAACAUUAUCAAGUUGGAUUUAUCUCAUUGCAAAUUGUUCGAAUUAGAUAAUAAUUUAGGAUCAUUGCCGUUAAAAAACCUGAAUAUUUCUCACAAUCAAUUUGCGGAAGUUCCUAAUUGUAUAAUAAAAGGAUUACCUCAACUUGAAGAUCUCAAUAUGUCUAAUAACGGAAUAUUAAAAUUUGAUAAUGAACCUGCAUGUUGUUGUAAGUUAAAAGUAUUAAAUUUGAGUUAUAAUAAAUGUAUAACUUUACCCCUGUGGAUUCAAACUGUUAACACAAUGAAUUUGAAAGAAUUUUAUUACUCUUGUAAUAUUAUUGGAAAUACGAGUAAAUCAGAAUACAAGAAAGUAGCAUCUUAUCGAUUAGAAAAGGCUGUGUUUUGUUCUGCGAAAAUUGAUAGGGUUAAUAUUGAUUUUAUUAAGUCAAUUAGAACAUUAAAAUAUUUAGAUUUGUCUAACGAAGGUUUUUAUUUAAACUCGUUUUCACUCGAAUGUUUAUUUGAGAAAAAUGAUUGGAUUAACACAUUGAGAGUUUUAAUUUUGAAUAAUCUUGAUAUAUCUUUUCUACCAGACGCAAUUUCGAAACUCACCAGUGUAACUGAACUUAGCUUGAGUAAAAAUAAUCUUUAUUAUUUACCAGACAAUAUUGGUGAUUUAAAUCAUUUAGAAUCACUUGAUAUUUCAUUUAAUCAUAUUUGGUGUCUUCCAUCAACAUUCAAAAAUUUAACCAACCUAAAAAAAUUAAAAUGUGAUAAUAACUCUUUAUGUAGAAUUGAAGAAAUCUACAACUUACCAAAAUUGGUUAUAUUGGAUUUAUAUCAAAAUGAAUUAAAUAAUUUUGUUAACACCCCCAAUAUUGAUUUCAUUGAUUUAGAACAAAACGUAUUUGAUACAAAGGAUUUUAGUGGUUAUAUAGCUAAAAAAGAUUCGUACAGAAACAAAAACGGUUUAUUAAACAGAUUAGAUGGGCCUCUUGAAGAAAGUUUUAUACAAGAAGAGAGCUGUUCUGAUAAAUUUUCCUACGACAGUGAUAACGAAUAUCAACAUCGCGAAGUUGAGACGGAUACAUCAGAAUCUUGGGAUGAAGUUAAAAUCAAAACAAAUCCUGAUAUCACCUCUUCUGAUGAAGAAUGGGAUGGAUACUUUCAAUAUCCCGCAUAUAAGAAUGAAUCAACCUCAAAAUUUGAUCCUGAUUGUUAUGAAUUAUAUAAAGAUUAUCCUGAGGCUUAAGAUAAUAUAUCUUUAAGAAUGUACAAUCAAAACAUCCAUGUGAUAUUAAAAUUAAUAUUUUUAAUUCGUUUUUGUUAAUAGCAAUGUUUAUGGUUUUUUAUGUUCAAAAUUAGAAUUUAGGCUUAGAAGUAUGUUCGUAUUUGUUUGAAUUGUAAUGUGUUAUUUUUAAAAAAUAUAUUUCUAAGCGUUUUUGA